AUGUAUUCUGCUAUGCCCAUACACAGUUUGGCAUUGGAUGGGAGUGGAUGGGAGUAUCCAUUUGAUGGUACCAACUUGGUUGGGGAUCCGUGUGUAGUUCUCACGACGGAUCCGAAGCCCCGACUCCGGUGGACUUCGGAGCUCCAUGAAAGAUUUGUUGAUGCUGUCACUCAGCUUGGUGGCCCGGACAAAGCAACCCCAAAGAUGAUAAUGAGAACAAUGGGAGUAAAAGGCCUGACGUUGUAUCACUUGAAGUCGCAUCUUCAGAAAUACCGCUUGGGAAAGCAAGCUAACAAGGAGUUGACUGACAACUCUAAAGAUGCAUCUUGUGGUGCUGAGAGUCUGGAUACUGGUUCAUCUACAUCAGCUUCAUCGAGAAUAAUUUCACAAGAUAUAAAUGAUGGUUACCAGGUUACUGAGGCUUUACGAGUACAGAUGGAAGUUCAGCGAAGACUGCACGAGCAGCUGGAGGUCGAGCGUCAUCUCCAGAUCCGAAUAGGAGCACAGGGAAAGUAUCUGCAGUCAAUUCUUGAUAAAGCUUGUAAAGCUCUUAAAGAUGAGGACAUGGCCUCUGCCGGGCUAGAAACUGCUAGGGAAGAACUCUCUAAACUUGCUAUCAAAGUUGGUAAUGAAUGUGACGGCCGGAUUACCUCGCUGCCAUCCAUUGGCAAGGGCAUGGUGUUGGAUGGAAGUCUAGUUACCCCCGCACCACAGGCUGCUGCACUGAAAAAAAGACCACGGACUUUGUUUGGUAGUGGAGAUCCAUCUUCUUUUGAUGGCAAUAUGCAGGCAGCCAAGUGGAUGACGGCAAAUAUUGGAUGA